AUGUCUCUUCCCGAAAGGCCGGGUGCAAGCCCGAGUUAUAAUCAGCGCAAUGUUUAUCGCAACUCGCCCUCAAGGCGAUCGAGACCUGUCGAUAUCGAGACUGGUGGCUACCAUGCUGUAGAUAAUACGGCUCAACAUCAACGUGGGAGAUCCGGUUCUUCGUUCGCAGAGUCAAUCGGUGUUAAUUCAAAUACAGAGAGCAUGCCUCUGUCGCCAACAUCUCCCGAUGGCCACUCACGUCGCGCUGGCCCAGAUCAACCCAUAUCCCGAAAACGAAGCUUGAUUCGCCCGGAGAGAAACAGAAUCGACAGAGACCAUCGCAACUACCAUUACCACAAACAUGCAGCUCACAUGAACGUUCUGCCAUCCUCAACAGGAAAUGACCCUAUUUACGAGGACUUCGAAGCUUCGACAGACCGCUCCAAUUCGAACUUGAACGACGGUGGUUCGGACAGUUCCCCUCGACAAAGACGAAAUGUUAGCGGAGAGCAGGAGAAGGGCGCUGCUGUGGCAGCUACCAUGCCCACCCCAGAUCGCACAAAAUCAGGUAAGAUCAAGAAGAGAUCGAAGCGCCAUUCGAAACCGCCGAAGCGUAUAGAAGAGCAGCUUCGACCGCCUACCUUCUGGAAUGUCUAUUGCGCAAUCGUCACUUUCUGGGCUCCCGGAUUCAUCAUGAAGUGCUGUGGUAUGCCAACGAGGGCGCAGCAGAGGGCCUGGCGCGAGAAGAUGGGUCUUAUCAGUAUCAUCCUCGUCAUCAUGGCCAUCGUUGGUUUUCUGACUUUUGGUUUCACCGCAACGGUUUGCGGAGCCCCUGCCGAGCGACUACGUGUCAAUAAGGUUGACGGCGGAAACAUGAUCUUCCACGGUGUCGCUUACGAUUUGUCGAAGUCUCAUCACCCCCCUGCCCAGGGCAUGCCUCUCCGUUCGGACGGACUAGGUCCCAAUGUUCUUUAUGAUCUUCCCGAAAAGCACGGCGGACAGGAUGGUAGCUUUUUGUUUCAAAAUGUCAACGGCCGAUGCAAGGGUUUGAUUACUCUUGCUAAAGACUCAGAUGUGCCAACCAACAAGGAUGGCGAUCUGGCUUGGUACUUCCCUUGCACAACCUUUAACCAAGACGGUUCAAGCAAGGUUAAUUUGACCACACCAUACUAUUCUGGUUACGGCUGUCAUACGACGCUAAACUCUAGGAAUGCCUUUUAUCUUGACUUGAGUGGUUCCGCAGAUGUUUACUUUACCUGGGACGACAUCAAGAACAGCUCGCGUAAUCUCAUAGUCUACUCUGGAAAUGUCUUAGACCUUGAUCUCCUCCGUUGGUUCAACAUGAGCCAGGUUGAUAUUCCCAAGAGGUUUGAAGAGUUGCGAGACAAGGACUCGGAAGUCAACAAGGCUAUUCGUGGCCGCGACGUUACUCGCAUGUUCCAGUCUUCUUCAGACAAGAAAUACGCAGAAUGUUUCGAGGAAAUCAUAAAGGUUGGCUCUGUGGAUACUGAGACGAUUGGUUGCAUUGCCUCCAAGAUCGUCCUUUACUGUGCGCUCGUUCUCAUCCUUUCAGUUGUCGGUGUUCGGUUUCUGCUGGCUAUCAUCUUCCAAUGGUUCCUUUGCCGCAAGUAUGCGCCUACUAAGACCUCCCAGAGUUCUGACCGUAGGAAACGAAACAAGCAAAUUGAAGAUUGGUCAGAGGACAUCUACCGUGCUCCUGUAAGACUACCUGGAGAUGUUGGAAGCACUGUCUAUGGAUCAUCAGACCGAACAAGCAAACGAGGAUCUUUCCUUCCUACUACUUCUCGAUUCUCGUCUGUCGGUGGCCCUGAUGUUCGGGCAUCAACUGGACGCCGCAUGCCGACAACCAUGGCUAGCCAAGGUGCCUCGAACCAACUUCUGACACCCGGCUCAAUUUUCAAGCAGGGCAACGACAGCCGUGCCAGCUUCCUUCGAUCUGACCCCUACUCGAGCACGCCUACUGAUGGACCCGGCCCCGCUGGUUUCAUUCAUGAUGCUGUUGUUCCUCAGCCUCCUUCUGACUGGAUGCCCUUUGGCUUUCCAUUGGCUCAUACGAUGUGCUUGGUCACUGCAUACUCUGAAGGAGAGGAGGGUAUCCGAACCACUCUGGACUCGAUCGCAACUACCGAUUAUCCCAACAGCCACAAGGUUAUUGUUGUUAUCUGUGACGGUAUCAUCAAGGGCAAGGGUGAAACAAUGUCGACACCUGACGUAUGCUUGGGCAUGCUGAAAGAUCACUCUAUCCCCCCUGACAUGGUUGAGCCUUUCUCCUACGUGGCUGUCGCCAGUGGUUCCAAGCGUCACAACAUGGCCAAAAUCUAUUGCGGCUUCUACGAUUAUGGAAGAAAUUCUCGCAUCCCUGCUGACCGCCAGCAGCGAGUGCCCAUGAUGGUUGUGGUCAAGUGCGGAACUCCUGAUGAAGCCACUAAGUCCAAGCCCGGUAACCGUGGAAAGCGAGAUAGUCAAAUUAUCCUCAUGUCGUUCCUCCAAAAGGUCAUGUUCGAUGAACGAAUGACAGAACUCGAGUACGAAAUGUUCAACGGCCUCUGGAAGGUUACGGGAAUCUCGCCUGAUUACUACGAAAUUAUCCUCAUGGUUGACGCCGAUACCAAGGUUUUCCCUGACAGUCUGACACACAUGAUAUCUGCAAUGGUGAAAGAUCCUGAGAUCAUGGGUCUUUGUGGUGAAACCAAGAUUGCCAACAAACGCGACAGCUGGGUCACAGCUAUUCAAGUAUUUGAGUACUUUGUCUCUCAUCAUCUUGCCAAGUCGUUCGAGUCUGUUUUUGGUGGUGUUACUUGUUUACCUGGUUGCUUCUGCAUGUACCGCAUCAAGGCGCCCAAGGGUGGUCACAACUACUGGGUUCCCAUCCUGGCUAACCCCGAUAUUGUUGAACAUUACUCUGAGAACGUGGUCGAAACUUUGCACGAGAAGAACCUCUAUCUGCUUGGUGAAGAUCGUUUCCUGACAACCCUUAUGCUUCGAACAUUCCCAAAGCGAAAGCAGGUCUUCAUUCCCCAAGCAGUAUGCAAAACCACUGUACCGGACGAGUUCAUGGUGCUCCUUUCUCAGAGACGUCGUUGGAUCAAUUCUACCAUCCACAACCUGAUGGAGCUAGUUCUAGUCCGUGAUCUCUGUGGUACCUUCUGUUUCUCGAUGCAGUUUAUCAUCUUCGUGGAACUAGUCGGCACUCUGGUUCUCCCUGCUGCUAUCGCGUUUACCUUCUACGUCGUUAUCACAUCUAUUAUCCACUCGCCACCACAGAUUAUUCCCCUAGUUCUCUUGGGAUUGAUUCUUGGGUUACCUGGUCUUCUCGUUGUCAUCACCGCACACUCUUGGUCCUACAUUGUUUGGAUGCUCAUCUAUCUGCUGGCACUGCCAAUCUGGAACUUUGUCCUGCCUACUUAUGCUUUCUGGAAAUUCGAUGACUUCUCAUGGGGCGAGACUCGAAAGACAGCUGGCGAAAAGACGAAGAAGGCAGGCCUCGAGUAUGAGGGUGAGUUUGACAGCAGCAAGAUUACCAUGAAGAGAUGGGCCGAAUUUGAACGCGACAAGCGCUCGAGAAGCGGCUAUUGGGGUUCACGUGAGAACGUCGUUGGUGGUGGUGGAAGCUGGACCAGUCCUCCUGGUCACCAGUAUAAUGAUGAGUACUUUUCUGAUGCUUGA